ACGGACAGCGGGCAGCAGCGGGCGUCGGAUGAUCGAAGCUGGAAGGGGGCCGAAAUGCGGAGAGAGAAGACGCCAAGCCGGCAGAGCAGAUUGAGAGCCUCACUGGGAUCGUCACAAAGACUUGCAGCCACGCGGAUUCGGCAGAAACAAUGGCGGACGACGGCGGAUGAUGGCAGAUGACGGUGUUUGUGGAAGGGCCGCAAUCCAAUGUCACGAAGGACAGUGUUUCAUGGCCACAAAAACAGCAAAUUGGAAAGAAUCAUUAACAAAUGAGCGGCAACAGUUGGCCAGAAAGGACACCGAGAAAGGGAAGCAACCACUCAUCGGAUUUGCUUGGCGUAAUCCCAAGGCCAAUUCUUUGCUUUUCUGCUCUCUCAGGCUUCGAAAAAGCCUCGUGUGCAGUGGUGCGCUUCUGGCAGGAACAGCCCGGAUCCCUGCACCCAAGGGCCCUUGCUCCGACCCGCAAACCGCCCUAAACCUGGAACUGCUUGGCCCAUGCACGACGCUCAAAUUGUCACAAAUUCACCUCUGCAUCUUUUUGCGACGAGGAACUUCCCCUUUUCAGCUCCUUCCUCACCUUGAGAGCCUUUGGCUUCCCAGCGGAACUCGUGUGGUGGCUGACUGCAGGCUGUUUCCGAGCAGCCUUCACCACCCACCCCUGCCAACACCGUUCAGCGGCACGUGGAUCGCGUUAUUUCCGGCCGAACCAGAACGUUGGGUUCGCUUUCGUGCUGUGUUGAAAUGUUGCGCGGAGCUUUCCGCCCCCUGAUGAAUUUGUCCCCAGAUCUGCUCGGCUCGAGCGUUGCGGGGAAAAGACCAGCAAGGGACCGCAGCUGGACCCCACAAGCAACAUUGCAGGGCCUCCGCGGAGCUGGAAUCAGAGCUCGGACCACAGGCCCCCGACAUGUUGCGUUCUGCAGUGCAGCGAAGGCUGCCGAUUGACGCAUCUUGCCUGCCGGGUGACAGCUGCGGGUUGCGACGGCUCUCAUGGCUGCGAGAAGGCGCAAAUAUGGCCGAGACCGGUCAAGCCCAACUUGGAUAAAAUAAAAAUCGGGUUGCAGAGCCAAUUCCCUUCCUCGAUAUAUGCCGAUUCGAG